AUGUCUCAGACCACCAAGUCCGCCUCCAGCCAGGGCACCGACGCCAAGGACAAGAGCGCCCCGGCUCCUGCUGCCACCAGCAAGGCCACCAAGACCGGAGAGCCCGGCGUGGGAUCCUACAGAAUCAUGAUGUUCGACCAGGAGAACUUCCAGGGCCGCAUGGUGGAGGUCCAGAACGAGUGCAUGAACGUGUGCGACCGCGGCCUGGACCGCGUGCGCAGCAUCAUCGUGGAGUGCGGCCCCUUCGUCGCCUUCGAGCAGACUAACUUCCGCGGGGAGAUGUUCAUCCUGGAGAAGGGAGAGUAUCCUCGCUGGGACACCUGGAGCAACUCCUACCGCAGCGACUGCCUCAUGUCCCUCAGGCCCGUCCGCAUGGACAGCCUGGAGCACAAGAUCUGCCUGUACGAGCUCUCCGACUUCAAGGGCAACAAGAUGGAGAUCCAGGAGGACGACGUGCCCACCCUCUGGGCGCACGGCUUCUGUGACCGAGUGGGCAGCGUGAGGGUCCCCGGAGGAGCGUGGGUGGGUUACCAGUACCCCGGAUACAGAGGCUACCAGUACCUGUUUGAGUGCGGUGACUACAAACACUACAACGACUUCAGCGCCUUCCAGCCCCAGAUCCAGUCCAUGCGUCGCAUCAGGGACAUGCAGUUCCACCAGAGAGGAUGCUUCACCUUCACCUCCGCCAGCAAGUGA